GUUUGGUAUCGCAUUUAUUAAUGUAUUAAAACUCAAAUCCAUCAUAAAUGAGCCGCAUUAUGACAACAUGAAUUCCGGUUGUACAUUUAGUUGCAGUGGUAAGGUUCUUUCAAACAACUGGAAUUUAAAUAAAGACAGUUUAUUCCUCAGUGGUGAAAUGGAGAACAUAUUUCAUAAUCUUCGGACCAUUGAUACCAAAUUUGAGCUUUUUAAUCAGGUUUGCUCGAUGCCUUAUAUGAUGAUGAACCUCGAGCAUUUUGUUUCUUGUACCGAGAUGAAACUAAGGAUUUUAAUGAGAUAUGAAACAAGUGCUGGCAUUUAUAAUAAUACUAAUACUGCGAUAAGUUCCCGAACUAAACAGGUGGACUUUUAUAACAUGAGAACUUCCAUUUGCAAAUUGAUCAUGUGUAUCCGUACUUGGAUAAAGAGUGUCAAGUGGGAUAGCGAGACUAGGAGCACAGCGGAUGAUUUGGUUGGCAAACAUCUCGACGAAUUGUCUUGUGCGAUUAAAAGCUACCUUGGUCGAUUUCGUGAAAUACCUAUUUGGACGUGCCAAUCUACUGGUUCUACCCUCGGUAAUAAGUGUACUCAACCAGAAUUUCAUAUGUAUCAUAUGCAUCUGGAACUUCGAUGGCUUUACGUCACAUUGAGUCAAGCUCAGAGUCUAUGCUGGCAAUUAUCGAGCAAUCAAUUCGAAGAUGUCAGCGAUGACAGUGACGAGUUAAGAUCGACCAUUGAAGAUUUAAUUUACAUAUCGAUGAAACUCUUUGAAAGGGUCAGAUUUGAAGAUUUGCAAGAGCGAACUCCUUACAGCUGCACCUGUGUCAGAGAACUUUGGCUAAUGCUGCAGAUUCUAGCCGAAGAAAGUGUCCAAGGCUCGACACGGAAGGUCUUCUGGCGGAAAGUCAAUUUCAUCCUCGACAACGCAUUAAUUCAGAAUAAGGAAGCAAUUGAGGGCGAUCACCUAGAGUGCAAUUAUCCGGAACUGUUCUGCGUGUGGAUCAUCUACCACUUGGCUCUUCUACAUGGCUACCGGAAAGACGGAAUAUACGCAAGCCGAUCGUCACCUAGGAUCGACCCGAACUACGAGCAACUGGAGAAGAUCUUAAAGGCCUACGUCGAGAGAGGAGGCAAGGUCGGCCAAAGACGCAACGCGGAGAACGAGCUCUGCGCGAUCAUCACUCUGGUGUACGCCCUCGUCGGCCAGUGGUGGCCACCCCGGAUGCAGGUCGUCUCCUCUCUCUGGGACUGCUUUCAUCGGCGGCUCGACGACUCCUUCUUUGUCCACAGCUCCGGCCUGUGGUCCCUCAGCAUCGAAAGGUAAAGAG